AUGGGAGCUACUGUGACAAGGACAAAUUUUGAGUGGUCAUAUACUGAGGAACCACAUGCUUCAAGAAGAAAAGAAAUACUUGAGAAAUAUCCUAAUAUUAAAGAUUAUUUUGGAAUUGAUCGAAGUUUUAAAUAUGUUGUUAUUGCUCAAGUAUUAUUUCAAAUUUUAUGUGCAUAUUUAUUAAAAGAUUCUGAUUGGUUACUUAUUUGGAUUCAAGCAUACAUUACAAGUGGAACAAUAAAUCAUUCAUUAACACUAGCUGUUCAUGAAAUUUCACAUAACAUGGCUUUUGGAUGUGGUAGGCCUAUUGCUAAUAGAAUUUUUGGUUUUAUUGCUAAUUUACCUAUGGGUGUACCAAUGUCAAUAUCUUUCAAAAAAUAUCAUUUAGAACAUCAUAAAAAUUUAGGUGAGGAUAUAAUUGAUACUGAUGUUCCAACUGAUUUUGAGGCAAGAUUCUUUAAAAAUACACUAGGAAAAUUAAUAUGGAUGUUAUUACAACCAAUUUUUUAUGCAUUUCGUCCUUUUGCUAUUUACAAGAAAUCAAUCACUGAUUUUGAAAUUUUAAAUGCCAUAGCACAAGUAUUUUUUGAUUUUCUUAUUCUUUAUUACUUUGGAGUGAAAUCAUUUACAUAUUUAUUUGGUGGAUUUUUUGUUGGUUUAGGAUUACAUCCAUUAGCUGGACAUUACAUAAGUGAUCAUUAUGUUUUUACUCCUGGACAAGAAACUUAUUCAUAUUAUGGUGUUAUUAAUAAAUUAACAUAUAAUGUUGGACAUCAUGUAGAACAUCAUGAUUUUCCAUUUGUUUGUGGUUCAAAUCUUCCAAAUAUAAGAAAAAUUGCUCCAGAAUAUUAUGAAAAUUUGACUCAUCAUGACAGUUGGUUAAAAGUAAUGUAUGAUUUUAUUUUUAAUCCAAAUAUGUCAUUAAAAUCAAGAAUAAAAAGAAAAGUAGCUGAUGAGUCAGAGUUUCAUUUUUAUGAACGUGGAAUGUAUGGUUCAUCAAAAGUAUACAAUAUGAUGGCUACAAUAUUAUCUAGUAUCUAUUCAAUUAUACAAUGUCCCAAUAAACAAAAGAAGUGUUAA